UUUUGCAAAGUGUUCUAGGGGAGGUGGUGCGCCGCCUUUUGGAGCUCGGAAAUCCCUGUUUGAAAUCUUGCCUCUUGGUGAAAUGACCAGGAAAUGCAGUGGCAGGAAGUGAACCAAAACCGAAACAGACCCGCAAGAGGCCCGGUUCUGCUCGUUGGUUUGAUGCCGUGAGACCACGAUGGAGAGAUCUAGCAGUUGGACAGAGGUGGUGCUGCUGGCAUGUGGGUCAUUUAAUCCCAUCACAAACAUGCAUCUCAGGAUGUUUGAAUUAGCCCGUGAUUACCUCCACCAAACAGGGAAGUACAAGGUUAUAAAGGGUAUUAUAUCGCCAGUGGGUGAUGCAUACAAGAAGAAGGGUCUAAUUGAAGUGAAACAUCGACUAGCCAUGGUGAGAAAGGCCACAGAGAGCAGUGAUUGGGUGACAGAGAGCUCUUGGGAAAGUCAGCAAGAAGAGUGGUUGGAGACUGCUAAAGUUCUCAGAUACCAUUCUGAGCAUUUGGACAGCUUCAGUAACCACGAGAAGAAAAUCGCAGCCCAACGCAGGAAGGGCAAGAAAAGGAAGCUCAACGAGAAAGAUGACAGUACCUUGGAAACAAAAGAGGUUCCUGGUUUAAUGCUCCUCUGCGGAGCUGAUGUUGUGGAGUCUUUUGCCGUUCCCAACCUGUGGAAGCAGGAAGACAUUGAAGAGAUUGUCGGGAAAUUUGGCAUUGUGUGCAUCAGCCGUCUCGGAAGCAACGUGGAGAAAUUGGUCUACGAGUCUGAUAUCAUGUGGAAGUUCAAGGAAAAUAUUCACCUUGUGACAGAGUGGAUAGCCAAUGAUAUCUCAGCCACAAAGGUUCGACGAGCUUUGCGAAGGGGACAGAGUGUUAAAUAUGUGAUACCUGAUUCCGUCAUUGAAUAUAUUCAACAGCACAAUUUGUACGAUCCAUGUAGUGAAGACAAAAACUCUAAUGUCACUUUAGCACCACUAGAACGUUAUGGAAAAUUAUCAAAUAGAAAUUUGUCACAGGGUCAGACUGGAUCAGAUUUUGUUGAAUUUGCUCAACAGUGUUUGCAGGUUCACAGCUACUGGCCUCCCACUGGCGUUACCUCUCCAUUUCAAUUUGUGCUGAUUGUACCUUUUGAUUUUUUUACAAUGUCGACCGAUUUCAAUGGCACCUGGAACAUUAUCAGCAAUGACAACUUUGAGUCUUACAUGCAAGCCCUGGAUAUUGACUUUGCAACUCGUAAAUUUGCCAAUCUGCUGAGUCCUCAAAAGAUUAUUGAACAGAAAGGAGAUUCCUUCAUUAUCAAAACCAUAAGCACAUUCAGAAACUAUGAAGUCCAGUUUACUGUGGGGAAAGAAUUUGAAGAAAAUACAAAAGGUUUAGACAAUCGUAAAUGCCAGUCUCUUGUUACAUGGGACAACAACAAACUGGUAUGUGUGCAGAAAGGAGAGAAGAAAGAUCGAGGAUGGACCCAUUGGAUAGAGGGCGAUGAAUUAUACUUGGAACUCUACUGUGAAAACCAAGUAUGCAAACAAGUUUACAAGAAAGUGCGCCCGGCAUAGAAACAGGUGAAAAAAAAACAAAAGUGAUUCCUAUCAAUUUAAAAGGUGAUGAUUUUGAUUACAUUUUACAGCUGCAUUUUUUCAAUUAGGAAUCAAUUUACCUGUCAUCCAUUGGUUUCGAAUAACUAGCCCUCUUAGUGUACUGUGAUAAAGAUACCUUAUCAUUCCCUGUCAUUGAAAU